AUCCUGAUGAUGAGUUGAGGCUCCGUUAUUCAGGAGAUGCUGCUCAUCCAGCAUGGCAAUCUGUGGGGCAUGUGAUUAAGCUAACCGCACAAGAAGAGGUUGCUUUGGAGCUUCGUGCCAGUCAGGGUGUUCCAGUUGAUGUCAACUACGGUUUCAGUGUUGACUUUGUUUGGAAGAGUACAAGUUUUGACAGAAUGCAGGGAGCAAUGAAGACAUUUGCUGUGGACGAAACAAGUGUCAGUGGAUAUAUCUAUCACCACUUAUUGGGCCAUGAGGUUGAGCUUCAAAUGGUCCGGAAUACAUUGCCUUGUCGGUUUGGUGCACCUGGACUUCCUGAGCUCAAUGCAUCUCAGGUUUUUGCUGUGAAGAGCGUUCUCCAGAAGCCCGUAAGUUUGAUUCAGGGACCUCCUGGCACGGGCAAAACCGUUACUUCAGCGGCAAUAGUUCAUCAGAAAACUCUAUGUUAA